ACACCAUAUAUCUAUAGAAGAGUUUGAAUGUCUCAAAUUUUCAUUUGAUUUAGAUUCUUCAAAACUAUCAAAAUGAUUCUCUCUCCAUAUUUCUUCAGUGAAAUCCAUUCCACAUGCCUACAUGUUGUCCUUCUCAUAUUUUUGCAACCUAAGAAUACUGUUAUUGCCUUAGGAAAUGACACAGACCAACUAUCAUUGCUAAGUUUCAAAGAUGCAGUAGUUGAUCCUUUUCAUAUCUUGACUUAUUGGAAUAGUUCAACUAAUUUUUGCUACUGGCAUGGAGUCACCUGCAGCCCAAGGCAUCAAAGGGUGAUUGCCUUGAACCUACAAGGGUAUGGUUUACAAGGGAUUAUACCACCUGUGAUUGGCAACCUCACCUUUCUGAGGUAUGUCAACCUUCAAAACAACAGCUUCUAUGGUGAAAUCCCACGAGAAUUAGGUCAGUUGUUCUGGCUAGAAGACCUGUAUCUUACCAAUAACACACUUAGAGGUCAAAUUCCCGCCGUUUUGUCUAAUUGUUCUGAACUGAAGAUCUUGAGCCUAACAGGAAACAAACUUGUUGGAAAAAUACCUUUAGAGCUUGGCUUUCUAACUAAACUAGAAGUGCUAUCUAUUGGUAUGAACAAUUUGACAGGAGAAAUCCCUUCAUUUAUAGGAAAUCUUUCAUCACUUAGUAUUCUCAUUUUGGGAUUCAACAACUUAGAGGGAAAGGUGCCUGAAGAGAUAGGCAAUCUUAAAAGUUUGACUCGUAUCUCUAUUACAACCAACAAACUAUCUGGUAUGCUUCCUUCUAAACUCUAUAACAUGUCAUAUCUCACUUUAUUCUCAGCUGGAAUCAACCAAUUUAAUGGCUCUCUACCUUCAAACAUGUUCCUCACACUCCCUAAUCUCCAAGUAUUUGGCAUUGGUAUGAAUAAGAUCUCGGGUCCUAUCCCAUCGUCCAUAUCCAAUGCAUCCCGUUUGUUGUUAUUUAACAUCCCGUAUAAUAACAUUGUCGGACCAGUUCCCACCGGAAUAGGAUAUCUCAAAGAUGUAUGGUCAGUUGCUAUGGGAAACAAUCAUCUUGGUAAUAAUUCAUCUCAUGACUUGGAUUUCUUGACAUCUUUGACAAACUGCACAAACUUACGAGUGUUGCAUUUAAAUCUGAACAACUUUGGUGGUUCUUUACCUAAAUCUGUAGCCAACUUAUCUAGUCAACUAAACCAGUUUGAUAUUAGUCACAAUAAGAUUACAGGGACUGUUCCUGAAGGACUAGGAAAUAUCAUCAACUUGAUUGGCAUCAACAUGAAGUUCAACCUUUUGACAGGCUCGAUUCCAGCUUCUUUUGGAAAACUUCAAAAGAUACAAUCACUGACGCUGAAUGUAAACAAACUUUCAGCAGAAAUUCCAUCAUCUCUUGGCAACCUUAGUAAGUUGUUUAAACUUGAUUUGUCAAAUAACAUGCUAGAAGGAAGCAUUCCUCCUAGUAUUAGGAAUUGCCAAAUGUUGCAGUACCUGGACCUUUCAAAGAACCAUCUUAUUGGAACUAUUCCUUUCGAACUCUUUGGUCUUCCCUCUUUGUCGUUGUUACUCAACUUAUCCCACAACUCAUUUAAAGGAAGCCUUCCCUCUGAAAUUGGUAAGCUGAAAAGCAUUGAUAAGUUGGAUGCUUCUGAAAAUGUUCUUUCAGGUGAAAUUCCGGAAGAAAUUGGGAAGUGCAUAAGCUUGGAAUACCUUAACCUACAAGGUAACUCCUUCCAUGGAGCCAUGCCUUCUUCUUUGGCAUCAUUGAAAGGCCUUCAGUAUUUAGAUUUAUCACGAAACAACUUGUCUGGAUCAUUUCCACAAGAUUUAGAGAGUAUCCCUUUUCUACAAUACUUGAAUAUUUCUUUUAAUAGGUUGGAUGGUAAAGUGCCAACAAAGGGUGUCUUUAGAAAUGUAAGUGCAAUAUCAUUGAAAAACAACAGUGACCUUUGUGGGGGUAUCACAGAGCUACAUCUACCACCGUGCCCCGCCAUAGAUAAGACACAAACAACAGAUCAGGCCUGGAAGACAAUAGUAAUAACAAUUACUACGGUUUUCUUUUUUCUAGUGUUUUCAUUCUCACUUUCAGUCUUUUGGAUGAAAAAACCAAACUUGACAACUUCCACUUCGGCAUCCACAAUGCAUCAUCUUCCGAAGGUUUCGUACCAGAUGCUCCACCAAGCAACAAAUGGAUUCUCUUCAAACAACUUGAUAGGAUUUGGUGGUUUUGGAUUUGUAUAUAAAGGAAUUCUUGAAUCAGAAGGAAGAGUUGUUGCUAUAAAGGUCUUGAACCUUCAAAUCAAGGGAGCUCAUGCGAGUUUCAUUGCUGAGUGUAAUGCGCUCAAAUGUAUCCGUCACAGGAACCUAGUUAAGAUUCUCACAUGUUGCUCAAGCAUGGAUUUCAAUGGUAAUGAAAUCAAAGCAUUGGUUUUUGAGUACAUGCAAAACGGAAGCUUAGAGAAAUGGUUGUAUCCUCACGAGUCAGAAAUUGAUGAUCAACCAAGUUUGAACCUUCUCCAGAGACUAAAUAUUAUCAUAGAUGUUGCUUCUGCAAUACACUAUAUUCACUGUGAAUCUGAGCAGCCAAUCAUCCAUUGUGAUUUAAAACCAAAUAACAUUCUUCUUGACAAUGACAUGGUUGCUCGUGUUAGUGAUUUUGGACUAGCAAAACUUGUCUGUGCCGUCAAUGGCAUCUCCGAUCUACAGACUAGCACAAUUGGAAUUAAGGGAACUAUUGGAUAUGCUCCUCCAGAAUAUGGAAUGGGAUGUCAAGUAUCAACACUAGGUGAUGUGUAUAGCUUUGGAAUCCUGGUGCUGGAAAUACUAACUGGAAGGAAACCUACAGAUAAAAUGUUCACAAACGGUAUGAAUCUCCAUUGGUUUGUCAAGGUUUCCUUGCCAGAUAAACUUUUAGAGAGAGUGGAUUCAACCCUACUCCCAAGAGAAUCAAGUCACUUGCAUCCUAAUGACGUGAAGCGGUGCUUGCUAAAACUCUCAUAUAUUGGACUUGCUUGUACAGAAGAGUCUCCAAAAGAAAGAAUGAGUAUCAAGGAUGUCACUAGGGAGCUAGAUAAAAUCAGAAUUUCUCUUUCUAAGAAGUAGAUCCAUUGAGGUCUUUGAUAAGUUCUACCGAUGCAACUAACACUUGAAAGGAUAUAUACUCAGUUGUUUCGAAAGAUUGUAUCAUAUAAAUUCUCUGUAAAUUUUUAGAUAUAUAUGAAAUCGUUUGAUAUGUA